UUUGAAUCAGCUGAUCCUUAUAUCCGUUUCGUAGUUCAAGUGUUUUCUUCCGUUUCGCAUGUACCAGCGUUCCCAGGUUUCGCGAGACCGACGAGAAAGAUGGUAGAUGAAGCGGGUGACAGGGAUGACUCUGCAAAUGUUGCCAUUAUUCGGGAGGUGUACGACAGUGAGAAUGCUCACGAAACAUUUGAAUGUGAAUUGGAAAGAGCACUUGAAGCAGAAUGUAGUUUAAUUGUUAUUGAACCAUCAAAACUGGGGGAUGAGACAUCUAGAUGGAUAGCAGUCGGCAACUGUCUUCACAAAACAGCAGCAUUAUCAGGUUUUGCAUCAGUGGUCACAGGUCUUAUUUGGGGUGAUAGACCAUAUAUCUGCGGUGCAUUGGGUUUCACAUCAGUGAUCACCUGUGGCCUGUACACAGUCUCCUGGCAAUUUGACCCAUGCUGCCAGUACCAAGUAGAAACAGAUACUAGUAAGUUGCCCCACGUUGAGCUUCUAGCAGUUCUGGGUCCUUCUUCCCCUACAUUUCUCGUCCGUAAGGAUGACAGAAGAAGAAAGAUACUCCACACAACCAUUACCUUGAUGGCACUCGGUAUCAGCACGUGGAGAUUGUAUCAAGCCUUUAAGUGAAAAUACCCUUAUGGAUUUGGAGGUACGAUUCCUCGGUGAUUAAAAGACAAAAAAAGAAAGGAAGGUAGGACGCGCAGAACGUCUCGCGUGCGUUUAUAGCCAAGUGUAGAAUAGGAUUCGUUGCGUUAGGAAAAAAAUACGGAAAAUCGUUUUGUUGCUUACUCACAGUGGCCCGUCGUCAAAUGUGUAUAAAUCAUUUAUGCUACGGGUGCUUGGAAUAUGUUAACGUUGUAUUUUAAUCGCGCGUUUUUCGUGCCCAAUAAAUACGCAACGAACCACCAAGUCAUCUUUCAACUGUCGACAACUUUUUAUCGUCAGGAAUAUCCAUUCUUUAGUUUCACUCCAAGAAGGUAUGGAAACAUUGUCUUCUAUGUAAUCGAGUGAAAACGCAUGCUGUCGUAAAUCUACGUAAAAUCUUCAUCGUGGUGAUUCUCGAUACGUCAGAGAAUAAAUUUAACACCAUGUACUCUUUAAAGUGUAAAUAAAGUAGGUAGAAUACACUGUUUACUGUUUGGUAAUAA